UUCAGUCUACAAUGCUAUAGCGCCUUAGUUUUGUAUUAUUAAUCAUUUACUCUCUAAUCUGUACUGUCAGACUAAAAAAUAGAUUUUUUGACCAUGGUACUUUUUCCAGACCACUCCAUACCAAACAUGUAUCUACUGCUUGUGCUUGCUCUUCUGAGUUCCACCGUACAGGGGCGAUUCUCUGACCGGAUCCUCGGAGGAAAAGAUUGUCCAGUUCACUCCCAGCCAUGGCAAGCGUCAAUACUUUAUUUUGACCAACAUGUCUGUGGUGGAAUCCUAAUAGAUACAAAUUGGGUCCUUACAGCUGCACACUGCGAAUUGCCGAGUCUUCAGAUUCGUCUGGGGGACCAUAAUUUAAAUGUUUAUGAAGGAACAGAGCAGUUUACAUAUGCUGAUAAGAUAUGCCCUCAUCGUGGCUUUAGUAGAAUCACUUUUGACCAUGACAUCAUGCUUCUUAAACUACCCUCAUCAGUCAACCUUAAUGCAUAUGUCCAGCUAAUUCCUCUGGGAUGCCCAGCGCCAGAUCCUGGGACAAACUGUAUUGUGUCAGGCUGGGGAACGCUCACCAGUCCAGAAGAAACCUAUCCUGAUGUACUUCAGUGUGUGAAUGUAACAACUGUUUCAGGAUCUCAGUGCCAAGAAUCAUAUCCAUCUGACAAUAUAACUGAUAAUAUGUUGUGUGCUGGAGUCAUGGAAGGGGGGAAAGAUACUUGCCAGGGAGACUCCGGAGGACCUUUGGUUUGUGGCUCUGAGCUUCAUGGAAUCACAUCCUGGGGAAAUACUCCAUGUGGGGAACCCAAUAAACCAGGAAUAUAUACUAAAGUCUGCAAUUACCUGAGCUGGAUCCAAGAAACUAUUAGCACAGGAGAUUGUGUGCAAUAAUACUACAAAUCUUCCCUGCAAAUGCCAAGAUCAGCAAUAAUGGGAUAGCUUCAGUUGUAACAGUAGAGGGAAAUUAUUCUGAUUAUAAAUACAAUGUUAUUGAUAUAGGGAAAACUGUGCAACAUAAAUGCAAUACCCAGAUGAUCUCUGUCACAUGCAUCAUUAAAGACUUAAAAAUGAGAAGUAGCCCAAAAAAAUACUUAUUUUCAAACGUGUAUAACAAUUUUAGAGUCAAUUAUGUUUAGAAUGUUGCAAAUGUACACUAACCAUAAUCAAAAAUGAACUGAAUGCAAUGCUCAGAUUCUUUCUGAUGUUUCUUGUCUGACUAAUUAUUUCUUAAUACAAAUAAAAUAUAUUUAAUUUUCUAAA